AUGUCUUGGCUGCUGAAGAUGCAGGGCUGUCCACGGCUCGAUCAGUUCGAAGGCAGAAGGGAGACUCUCAGCCUCGGCGGCGACGCCGCAUGCGAGCAGGACGAGGCGGCGCUGCUGCAGCAGGCGGCGCUGGGCGCGGCCUCCGCGGGCGAGCGGCGCCUCGAGGGGAUGGCCGGGCCGGGCGGCGCCUGCGCCCAGGGGACCCAGAACUGCCACAUCCCCCAGCCAGGUGGCACGGGCUUCCAGGUGGUCUGCCCCGGCACCGGCAUAUGCCCGACCUCGGAGGAGUGCGGCACGCAGGCGAGCCCCAAGCACUGCGGGGGCACCCAGCUCUGCCAGGUUGGCAAGUGCCAGGUGGUCUGCCCCAACAACGGCCCCACCUGCCCGGCCUCGGUCUGA